GCUGCGUGGGGCGGGGCGCCUACCUCGACCUGGUGGCGGCCUAGGCAAUGCCGCUGUUCGUGGGUGGGCAGCGAGUCCGGCUGCCGCGGUCAGCUGCGGAGCUCGUCCGAGCGCACCCGCCACUGGAGGAAAGAGCCAGACUUCUCAGAGGUCAGUCUGUUCAACAAGUGGGACCCCAGGGCCUUCUGUAUGUUCAGCAAAGAGAGCUUGCAGUGACCUCCCCAAAGGAUGGCUCUGUCUCCAUUCUGGGUUCUGAUGAUGCCACCACUUGUCAUAUUGUGGUCCUGAGGCACACAGGUAAUGGGGCAACCUGCCUGACACACUGUGAUGGAACUGACACCAAAGCCGAAGUCCCUCUGAUAAUGAGCUCCAUAAAAUCCUUUUCUGACCACACUCAGUGUGGAAGGCUGGAAGUGCACCUUGUGGGCGGCUUCAGUGAUGACAGGCAGCUGUCACAGAAACUUACUCAUCAGCUUCUCAGUGAAUUUGACAAACAAGAUGAUGACAUUCACUUAGUGACAUUAUGUGUGACAGAGUUAAAUGACCGGGAGGAAAAUGACAAUCACUUUCCAAUCAUUUACGGCAUUGCCGUCAACAUUAAAACUGCAGAGAUUUACAGAGCUUCCUUUCAAGAUCGGGGCCCUGAGGAGCAGCUGCGUGCUGCAAGAGCUUUGGCAGGAGGCCCGAUGAUUAGCAUUUAUGAUGCAAAGACAGAGCACCUUCGGAUAGGCCCGUACUCCUGGACGCCAUUCCCACAUGUGGAUUUCUGGCUGCAGCAGGAUGACCAGCGAAUACUAGAGAACCUUUCCACUUCUCCUCUGGCCGAGCCCCCCCACUUUGUUGAACAUAUUAGAUCUACCUUGAUGUUUUUAAAAAAAUUCCCAUCUCCAGAGAAUAUACUGUUUCCUGGAAAUAAAGCUCUCCUCUACAAAAAAAAUGAAGAUGGCUUAUGGGAAAAGAUCUCCUCUCCAGGAAGCUGACAUCAGAUCAGAGUUACCGAAGAAUACGUUUUGGCCUGAGAGCCAGCCUGCACUUGCACAGCUUUACUUCCUUCC